GGCCUUCAGUUGGAACGCGCAAGGGCUCGGGGACCGGCUUGAAGCGGCUUUUGCAUCGCAAACGCAGUUUUUAUUUAGGUUGUCCGUUAAUGAGGGUUGGCUUAGGGAGGGCACUGGCGAUUAUGGGGGAACUUCCUCUGGCAAGUCACCCCCUGGCGCUGCCAUUACACCUGCCGGUGCGCACCGCUCCCACGCCCCAGUGUCUGGACUCGACUGGAUUCUGGAGCCGGGAGAGUCUAGGACGCGGGCGGGCCGAGCCGAGUUAGAGGCGGGGCCUGGCGGCAGGGGCGGGGGCUUCCAGGCUCCCAGGCGGGGCCUCAGCUAAAGGCGCGGAGCACCGCGCGCCUAGAGCGCGGCGUAGAGCAGCGCCCACUGGAGAGAAGUCUGAGGCGAGGAUCGCGCCGUCCCACCCCGCCCAACAGCGUCCACGCCGCUUCCGCACCCUUACCCCUGCCGGCCCUUGCCGGGCGCGACCGGCGGCCAUGCAGCCCCGGGGCUGAGGCGGCCCCAUGGCGAAGCCCGCGUCGCCGCGGUCCGGGCAACGACGGCGCAUGGAGAACUUCCGUAAGGUGCGCUCGGAGGAGGCGCCGGUGGGGGCCGGGGCCGAGGGGGGCGGCGCGGGCCCCGGCCCUUUCGCGGACCUGGCGCCGGGAGCCGUGCACAUGCGGGUCAAAGAGGGCAGCAAGAUCCGGAACCUGCUGGCUUUCGCCACCGCCAGCAUGGCGCAGCCAGCCACGCGCGCCAUCGUCUUCAGCGGCUGCGGUCGGGCCACCACCAAGACCGUCACGUGCGCAGAGAUCCUCAAGCGCCGCCUGGCGGGCCUGCAUCAGGUCACGCGGCUGCGCUACCGGAGCGUGCGCGAGGUGUGGCAGAGCCUCCCGCCGGGGCCCACACCGGGUCAGGAGCCUGGUGAGCCGGCCGCCAGUCUCAGCGUACUUAAGAACGUGCCCAGCCUCGCCAUCCUACUUUCCAAGGAUGCACUGGAUCCCUGCCAACCCGGCUAUCAGCCCCCGAACUCCCAUCCUGCACCCUCGUCCCAGCCAACUGCACCGACGUCCAAGAGGAGCCUAGGGGAACCCGCAGCUGGAGAAGGCUCUGCGAAGCGGUCACAACCUGAGCCAAGUGCUACGGAAGAGGACCAGACGGCCUGAGAACUAGUGGGUCUGGGCCACCUACACCGGCUGGGUCUCACCCGCAGCGCCUCGACCUUGAGACAUAUCUCCAGCAGCCUUUUACGCCUCGGUGCUCUGGACACAGCUCCUCAGACUGUCAGCGUGGAGCACAAGGCAACAAGAGAGGGACCCUAGGGAAGCUUCGUGGGUGGUUGCUUCUCUACUUGUGUUGCCUGAAGACGCAGAACUCCCACCUUCAGCUUUUCUGAGCCAUACUAGGACCUUCUUGGAGGGGGGGCGAAAGUGGGUAGUGGUGGGCAGUGGGACUCUUGAGCCUUGCUCAAGACCCCCAAGGGUUAAAGGCAUCCAGUAUUCAUGCGGGGGGCUGGAGUGUGGAAGCCCGGGAAAGCUCUUGGAAUCAUCUUCAUUGGUGGCUAAGGGCCAAGGGUGAGAAGGCAACUGCUGGAGGGCAGGGGAGUCUGAGUUGGGGGGGGAGUGUAUUCUGCACGUCCCCUGGGACACCACUCCCUUCUAGUUUUCCUUACCCUGCUCUUAAGGAGCAUCCUGAGGUCAUACUGCAGGAGUGCCUCCAUGGAUGGACUCUAGCUCUUUUAACACCCCCCCCCCCUUCCCCACUGGCCCAGAGGGAAAGACCCAGCACAGAAGUCUAUGCCUACUCCCUGAAUCUCACAGCUGGAGUCCUGCUUCCAAUAAAACAAAAACAAAAAAUGG